UUUCGAGAACGGAGAACGCGACGUGAACGGUGAGCGGACUUUUGUGGAGGGGAAUUGGCCACCUACCUGCCGGUCGUGAGCUCAGUUUCUGUUCGCCAGGUUGAAAAUCCGUCGUUUUCCUCCGGUUCUUCUCCUCUUUCAUUCCUGGCAUUCUAAAUUCUUCGGGAACAUCUGUAUUGAUAAUAAGAUAAAACUUUGGCGGCAACUAUCGCGUGAGACCGGUUAUUGUUAUUAUUGUUGUUUGUAUUUUAUCAUUUUGCCGAAUAGUUAUCACGUGGAUUGUGUGACAAGAGGAGAGAAAUUUUUCUUUUUUUUUUUUUAUCAUUCUGUUUGUUUAUGUAUUAUGAAGUUGAAAUUAAAUUAUGUUUAAUAUCGUGUGGGCGCUCGCGCCUGAAUUUCGCGAUUAAAGAGUGAAGCGCAAGUGCAAAUAUUUGAAAGAAACGUGUUUGGUUUUUUUUAAUACUGAUUUACAUAUAUACAUAUACAGUAGGAAAAAAUUUAUGGUUCAGAAGUUUAUUUAGUUUAUGAUAAAGAAAAGUGUCAAAUAGGUGGUUGUGACCUUUAUUUAUACAAAAGCAAUAAAUAAUUUUUAAGUGGUUUCAUUUUGGAUAUGUUGGAAAGGGAGAAUUUGCGAUUUUAGAACGUGUCAUAAAAAAUGGCGCGGACGAGGGUCUGGUGCAUUUUAUUAUGCGUGACAUUUUUACUAAGGGAUGUCACUUCAAAAGCUGGACUAUGCGAAGUGGAAACGGGACAAUCAAAUAUUAUUCUCGACAUCGAAGAAAGUAAAGGAAGCUCCAUCGAUCAAGCGACCGCGCCAGAAGAGCUUCCUGUGUCUGGAGAUCCACUGACAGAAAUAGUCUUGGAACUUAUUUUCACUGGACGAAAGCCACUUUUUAUUCUCAAGGGAAAAAAGUUACAGCUUGUCGAGCCACUUGAUAGGGACGCUGAAAAUUUGUCGCACAUUGUUUUUCAGUUGACGUGUACAGUGAAGUCAACAAAUAAAAAGAGAACUAUUCCCAUAAUAGUUAGACUUUCGGAUAUUAAUGACAAUGCCCCUCAAUUUGUCAACACACCAUAUGAAACGACAGUCCCAGAGUUAACGCCAGUGGGCUCGACAAUUUUCAAAAAAGUUCACGCCGUAGACGCGGAUGCUGGAGUGAAUUCUCUUAUAGAGUAUUCCAUUGCACCUGGGGAUGGCACCGGGAUUGGAAAUAGCGAUGGAGUUGGACGAGAUAGGGUUACAACCGCUGACGGAUAUGGUUACUUCAGCAUUAAUCUACCCCAUCAAGGCCAAGUCACUGUAAAUCGUACUUUAGACUACGAGAGAACUCAACGCUAUCUAGUCACCAUUCUCGCCUCAGAUCGAGCAAGAAAUGUUUCUGAGAGAUUCACUUCAACGACGACUUUAGUCGUUAACAUUAAAGACGACGACGAUCAAGAUCCAUCUUUCAUUUAUAAAGGUUGUAUGCUUCACAAUGCCGCCUGCAUCAAUCCUGAAUAUUCUGCAUCUGUGUCUAGCGGAGUGCUGUCUGGAAUUCUCAACAUAUCCCCAGAGAAGAUUCAAGCGGUCGACAUGGACAGCAUAAAUGCACCUGUUUAUUAUUCCUUCCUUAGUGGCAGUCCACCAAAUUACAGAGAUUUCUUCGAGAUCAAUCGUUCCACGGGCGCUGUUAGACAGAUCAAGGCUGUCGAUACGUCAGUCACUAAAAAAUUUGACAUUAUCAUCAAGGCGGUCGAAGCAUCGGAAGCAGAACGUUCGGCAACGGCAAAAUUAACAAUUACUGUGAAGCCAGUGGAUAGCAAUCCACCAACAAUAACAGCAUCGGCAAUCGAAGGUUUUGUUGAUGAGAAUGCGCCAAUUGGUACUAGAGUUGUCGAUGAGGAAGGAAAUCCCAUUCGACUGACAGUCACAGAUGCGGAUCUGAGUCCUGAGGAUCCGAAACCAUCGUACGUUUUUGAAUUGACGACGAAUUUUUUUACAAUCGACCAAUUUGGAAUACUCGUUGUUAAUGAAGAAAAUCUCGACCGAGAUCCACCGAGCCCAGGACGUUUCCGCUUUCAAGUCGUUGCCCGUGAAAAAUCCGGAGUCGCUGCAUCCUCUCCGCUUUCAUUCACUGUCACAUUGAACGAUGUUAAUGACAAUGCCCCUCAACUUCCGAUGAUUCCUUCUAUAACUGUUCAGGCAGGCGAGACAACCAGAGAAAUCGUUAAGGUUGCGGCGACUGAUAACGACGAGGGUGAAAAUGCAGAGAUAACGUACAGUAUUUAUCACGUGUCAAAUAAUGGACUGCAGAAAUUUCGAAUUGAUUCGAAAAGUGGCAUUAUUGAGUCUAUCAGGAAACUAAAUGCCGGCGAACAAUACAGCAUAACGGUCCAGGCGACUGAUAGUGGUGGAAAGCAUUCCCAGGUGAUUGUCGAAGUUAAUGUUUUACCUGGACCCAAUACCAGGAGUCCCGUUUUCCGGCAACCGGUGUAUGAGGUACAAGUUAGCGAAGGUGCCUCCAUCAAUUCAACUGUUGCCAGUAUCGUUGCAGUGGAUCCGGAAAACGAUCCAGUUUCAUACUCUAUCGUCUCUGGUAAUGACCUGAGGCAAUUCGCUAUUGGUGAUAAAUCGGGUGUUAUCACCGUUAUAAGGAAGUUGGACAGAGAAGACCUGACUCGAUAUCAGCUGUUGAUUAAAGCGGAGGAUUCUGGAGGAUUAUCAAGUACGGCUACUGUUAAUAUCAGAGUUACGGAUAUUAACGAUGAAAAUCCAAAGUUUGAAGGUCUUCCUUAUGAGUUUAUGGUUAAAGAAGGAGAAACUCGAAAAUUAAUUGGUCGCGUGCAUGCUGAAGAUGCUGACGAAGGAAUUAAUGCUGUUGUUACAUAUUUUGCCCCCGACGACGUUCCCUUCACGGUUGAUCCUGAAACAGGAGACGUCCUAACUAAAGUCGCAUUGGAUUAUGAACAGAAUCACGAAUACAAAUUUGUGGUAACUGCUCGAGAUGGAGCACCGGAUCACCGAUUAGCAACAGCCACAGUCACUGUAAAAGUUCAAGACGUGGAGGAUGAGGUACCAAUUUUUCAUCAAAGUAGUUACGAAGCCCGAGUGAGAGAAAAUAUUCCUGAUAAUACUGUCGUUCAAGUCAUAGCCGACGAUCCGGAUACGACAAAGCGAAUUACCUACGAAUUGAGACAAGGAGAUACGGAGAUUUUUGAAAUCGAUGAGAAGACUGGAGUUAUUAAAACGAUUCGCGGUUUGGAUUAUGAAAAGGAAAAGCAGCAUAUUCUCAUUGUGGGUACUUUGGAGAAUACGAGUGAUUUGCCUGGAUCGACUACUCGAGUUGUUGUUAAUGUUGAGGACGUGAAUGAUAUACCACCAGUCUUUACAUCAGUGCCUCGACCCGUCACGCUCGAUGAUGAUAUUCCCAUAGGAACGACCGUAAUAAAUCUUAUUGCCGCCGAUUCCGAUGGUACAUCUCCGGGAAAUCAGGUUCGCUACGAAAUAACAGGACGGGGCAUUGCCAGUAAAUAUUUUAUUAUCGAUCCGGAUACUGGUGUUAUUAGAGUACGAGACGAUCUGCGCAAGGAAACUGACACUGAAUAUCAGGUGGAUGUUCGAGCUUUUGACUUGGGAGAUCCUCAACUAUCGUCGAUGACUUCGGUUCAAAUUUUCAUUCGACAUGUGGCGACAGUGGCACCUGAAAUUGGACUCGGCUUCGCUGAGGAUUCUUACAACGUGGACGUUUCGGAAGAUGCCGUUGAUAAUUCGUUGAUCAAGACACUUACUGUCAUUAAUUCACAUGCCCAUGACACCACUCCAUUAAAGUGCGAAAUCUAUAGUGGAAACGAUGACGGGCUCUUCGAGACCAACGUGACUGAAGAGAGAAAUUGCGCUCUCAGAUUGAGAAAAGGAGCACUCGACUACGAGACUACAGAAUCCUAUCAAAUCAAAAUCAGAUUAAUAUCACUUUCCGGUCUACUCAGAUCCGACCGAAAUACAACAAUGGUCAAAGUCCAAGUACUUGAUGUGAAUGACAACAGUCCGGAAUUUGAAUUUCCCGACAUGAAUAUAACUUCGGGCCGAUAUUUUGCAGCAAUUUCGUCAACGGCAAAAUUCUCGACUGCGGUUCUUCAUGUGAAAGCCCACGAUAGGGACAGUGGGAAAUAUGGAAAAUUAGAGUACACAAUUUUAGAGGGACAGGGUUCAAACUAUUUCGCCAUUGAUUCAUCGUCCGGCAGUAUUACAACUGCGGCAACAUUUGAGAAUGUCAAUUCCGAGGAAUUGCCAUUUAAAUUUAAUGUACAAGUUCGAGAUAAUCCAAAUUCGACGAGUAAUUUUAAUAUUGCCGAGGCGACUGUUAUUGUGAAUUUAAUUGGCGAGGAGAAUUUAUUGGUCAUGUCAAUUGAGAAGGCUGCUCAUGAAAAUUUACACAAGGACGGUCCAAAAAUUGCGAAACUCAUUGAAGAAAAGACUGGACUAUUGGUGGGCAUUGAUAGAAUUGUCGUGAGAAUGGUGAAAACAGAAAAUGGAACUAUCGACAUUCCUGAAGAUUCGGAUAUUUGGUUCUAUACAAUUGACCCCGUAACGGAAAUCAUUCUUGAUAGGAACAGCACUCGACUUUAUAGAUCAGUAUUGGAGAAACAUGCAAUGUCGAAUAUUACCUACGACGUAUCGCCUUUGAUCCGAGCAACAGCCAUCGAAAUCCAUGCACCAGUUAUGCCAUCGGAACAAGUUCGCACACAAACAGCAGUGGCUUUUAGUGGCGAGGUUUUUCCAUAUGCACUUAUCAUUAUUGCAUGCAUUAUCUUCGUACUCGGAAUCGCCGGAAUUAUUUAUAUUUGUAUUUCUUGGUCGAGGUACAAGGCGUACAAGGAUCGUAUGCAGCGAAUGUACGUUGUUCCGAGAUAUGACCCAGUUUACGUUGAACCAAAUCUGAAGGAAUAUGAAACACAAGUCCUUCAAAUGAGCGUUCCUGUCGAUGAUAAUGACAGUUACAACGAUUUACAGAUCGACUUUAGUAAUAAAAAUCACGCCUUUAGCCUCGAUAAUGUGAGCUACAUCACCAAAGAUCCCGGCGAAAGUACAGGUCAACAAAGUCCUGUUAGUUCGGAAGCGGCGACAACGGCACGUGCAUCAAGCAUUGUUGGCAAUCAUGUCGAUUCAAAUAUGCAAUCAUUGCGUCGUUCAACAUUAGGAAGAAAAAAUGGAAAUGAAAUCAAUACUUUAAAUAAUCAUCAUACUCCGGUUCUCAAUCCACUUUAUAAUCAGGGCGGAGAUAUUUUAAGUCACAGUCCAUCCAAUGACAAUGUGAUUUUUCGCGAAAGAAAAGACUACUCCCAUCUUGGAUUUACUUACUUAGGGGAUCAAAGUCCCGUUGAAACUACUACGGAACUUUGAAAUAAUUUUUAAUUACCAUACUCUUUUUUAAUAUCCAAAGCGAUGAUGCGAAAACGUACUGAAAAAAAGAAAAUUAAUUCUAUUAUUUCCCGACCGCCAAAAAAAAAAAAAAAAAAAUUAAUUAAAGUUACAAUCAAAGACUUAUAUAAUAUACUUCAAUUUUUGAUAUUUCUCUAUAUUUCUUAGAGAAAAAUCGAUUUUACUAGAUUUUUAUAUAUUGAAUGUAGAAUAUAUUAAUUAAUGCGAUAUUAGUAAUGGAAUAUUGAUUCGAAUUUUU